CGUUCGCCGUUGACGGGUUUCUCGUAUCCUCAGCUAACCCAGUGUGAGUGUCUGUCAGCAGUUCAGUGCUUCGUGCUGCAUAACGUGUAUGUGUGUGUGAGCGAGUGAGUGAGUGUGCUUGUGUGUUGUAACUGUGUGCAACGGGAUCAUCCAUAAUAAAGUACAAAUCAGUCAUCUAGCUGAAUAAAAAAAAUAUAAAUAAAAAACAUAUCAAUAUGACGACCUAUAUGAAAAUAUUCGAGGAACGCAUCUCCGGCCUGGCCAAGGGUGUGGAUGAAACUGUGGACAGCUGGUUUCUGAUGAGCUCACCAGCGCCCGUUGUUGCUGUGGUGCUCGUCUAUCUGGCAUUCGUGCUCAAAAUCGGUCCGGAAUACAUGAAGAAUCGUAAGCCCAUGGAUCUGAAGCGCAUUAUGGUAUUCUACAAUGCCUUUCAGGUCUGCUACUCCAUAUGGAUGUGUCGUACGUCGUUCAAGGAGAGCAAUGUCAUGGCAUCGAUAUUGUCAAAGAAAUGCGAAAUCCAUCGCACACGCGAACAAAACUUGGCUCUGUACUCGGGCGCCUGGUUCUAUUUCUUCUCGAAGAUCAUCGAUCUGCUGGACACCACGUUCUUUGUGCUGCGCAAGAAGAACAAUCAGGUCUCGUUCCUGCAUGUCUAUCAUCAUACGAUCACCGUGCUAUUCUCAUGGGGCUAUCUGAAGUACGCGCCCGGCGAACAGGGCGUCAUCAUCGGCAUCCUCAACUCGGGCGUGCAUAUCAUUAUGUACUUCUACUACAUGGUCGCCGCUAUGGGACCCCAGUACCAGAAGUAUCUGUGGUGGAAGAAGUACAUGACCACCAUUCAGCUGAUUCAGUUUGUGCUCAUCCUUGGCUACAUGCUCACCGUUGGCGCCAAGGGCUGCAACAUGCCCAAGACGCUGACCUUCUUCUUUGUGGGCAACACGAUCAUCUUCCUCUAUCUGUUUGGCAACUUCUAUCGCAAGACCUACCAGAAGAACAAGACCGUCGAUGCCAACGGCAAUGCCAUGCACAGUGGCGGCAGGAGCAUGAAUCUGGCUCAGUCGGCUCUGAGGGCUGCCGGCGGCAUGGGCUGCAUGCCAAUGCAGACCAAGAACAACAACAACAACAACAACAACGUCGACUAUAAGCCCUAUAUCGAUCUGAACAAUAACAGCGUGAAGCCCCUGAAGAUGGAAUGAGCGGUUAGGCUAAGUGCGGGGCUAGCUUUGGUAGGGUUGCUUUGUCUGUAGUUUAAUCGUACGUGUUUUUUUAGAUCGGGUCUUAAGUCUAGUGUUAAACGUUUAUCCAUAACCCUUAACUGUACAUGAACAACUGAAUCUGAAUGAGCUUCUUAAAUGUAGUUGAUGCCAAACAGCAGAAGAUUUCAUCCAAAUACCUAGGCGUGUAAGUGUGUGUGAGUGGCCGAGUGGGUGUGUGAGUGAGAAGGUGCGAGUGUGCGUGUGUCUGCCUGUCUGUGUAUAUUGCCCUAAGUAUUGAAAUGUAAACAGCUAAUUGUUAAUAAUUAUCGAAAAUUUAUUUGUUUCCAAUUACGUCAAUGCUGAACAAAAUAAAACAAAUAUAUUUUAA